AUGAAAUUAAUACUUCUUUUGUAUAAUGGAAUCUGGUCGACGAGAAUGCUUGUUCCGUCCUCUCCAUGUUCAAGCAAUUAUAGUAGGGAGAGUGGGAUAUGGACGGGCCGCGUGUUUUAUCGUAAAAUUUCGUUCGGCUGUGUAUCAGAAAGGCCUGGUCCAGUCAGUUGGACUUUCACGCAUUUGCAUUAUUUCGGUUUGUUGGAUGCUGGCUAA